AUGUCGUACCCUGCCUUGGAUGAUAAGCUCCCUGUUCAUUUGAUUUUCCGAAAUGCGCCUACUGCGAGAACUUUCCGGCAAGCAAAGCUUCAACAUCAACCAAAAUAUUCAGAGCAACGCCCUCGUAUUCCACAAGGGUUUCAACAACUUCACGAUAACGAGUGGCCACUCUACCCAGAACUUCUCCGACGCUGUGUAAUUGCAGACGAUACCCGAGUUCUCAAAUAUGUGAGGAAGGGUAUAUCAGAUCUUGAAAGUGAGAAGCAUGCACUGGACAUUGUACGGGAACAGACGGGUGUUCCUGUACCUCGGGCAAUCAGCUACAGUGCUACGAAGGACUUUCAGCAGUGAAGGACUUUCAGCAGUUGGAAAUGCACCGUAUCGAUGGUGAAACACUCGAAAACUGCUGGGCUACAUUAUCAGAUCAAGAACGACGCAAUGGCGCCAGACAGGUUAUUGCGUACUCCAGAGAUUUACACAAACUACAAAACACAAUGUUAUCUGCCAUAACUUCCCGGGGAACAAUCAUUGAUCGGAUACCAUUCGAAAGGCCCCUGAGUGCAAGAGGUUUCAUUGUCUCCUGGACGACACGUUACUCAAAGAAUCCAAAAGUCUUAUCUUUCAUUGAGGAAAGACUCUGUUUCUGCGACCAGACUAUUGUGGUCACACACCUUGAUCUUUAUCUAGCGAACAUCAUUAUUAAGGAGAGAGUUGUUUCUGCCCUAAUAGAUUUCGAAAGCUGUGUCUACGUUCCUAAGUUUUGGGGGGCUCUUGAAAUAUUCCGACGCGCGGCGCAACGACCAGACAGGUGGUUUACAAUACUCAAGGAGGAGUUUUCGCAACACCUGGACGCUGAUACCAUAGUAGCCUUAGAGGAUUUGGCACGGCUUUAUGUUGCUUUUGGGAUUUUUGCCGAAGAAGAUAUAGAUCCUAUCAAGCGGGAAGAGUCUCGGGAUCGAGGCUGGCAAUUAGUAAGAGACUUGGUUGGAAUUGGACAAGAGAGAGACACACCAGAAGCAGAAUAUGAAAUGUUGGCUCCCUUGACAGUGGACCAUCCUUGGUGGAGAGACCGGGCGUUUUAA